AUGAGGACCGUAGUCUUAAAAACACUGCUGUCUAAGGAGAGGACAGCACCUCUCAAGCUCACGAUACCAGAGAGCUGGGGAGGCGCGCCGUGCUCGAAACUCAUCAAAGCGUGGUCCAAACGGAAGCAAUGCAGCGGCGAGCUGUACCUCGCGUCCAACGACGGUACGCCCAUUCCCGAGGACUGGCCGUGGGAGGCGGCCGUCGAGCUCACGGCAGCACGCUGCGCGGGCCGGCGGCGGCGUGGACGCCGGACGACGACGACCCGGCCAAGCGGCGCGACGACGACGCGGCCACGAACGCCCGCGCUGCGAGUCUGCUGCGCGCGCGGCGCCUUCGACGAGGCCGACCGCGCGUUCCGCCGCGUGCUCGAAGGCGGCGCCGCGGCGUUGGGUGUGUGCGUCGGAGCGGCUGGAGACGCGGCGACGGUCGCGAGUGAAGGUCUUGACGCGACGACCGCGUGUGCGGCGGACGUCGCAACGGCGCGGCGCGAGCUCCUGCGCGCGGACGGCACCGACGAUGGCGCAGAAGUCACGCGGCGGCUCGAGCGGGCCCUCGCCGCCGCGCGCGUCGCGAAGCAGACCGCGCCCGAGUCGGCCGAAAUUAAAAAACUCGAGGCCGCCGCGCUGUGUCGCCUGAAGCGCUGGCCCGAGGCGGCCACGGCGCUCGGUGGGGACGAGGUGGACGCGCCGAAGGGAGCCGUUCCGAACACGAUCGACCGCCGCGACGCCCUGGAUCUCCUGAAGGCGCUCUGCUACGGCGGCGACGCCGCGCGAGCGGCCCGCGUCGCGUCGGCGUGGGCGGCGCGGUUCGCCCGGUCGCGGGAUUGGUGCGCGAGCCAGGCGCGGCGGUUCGGCUCCGUCGCCGAGCUCAAGGACAAGGGCGACGCCGCCUUCCGCGCGGGCGACGCCCGGGCCGCGGAGCGCUGGUACGCCGCGGCGCUCGACGAGGACCCGGAGCACCCGGCGCUGCACUACAAUGCGGCCGCGUGCCUCGAGAAGCUCGGCCGCCCGCUCGACGCGGCGCGCUGCUGCGCGAGCGCCCUGCGCUGCCGGCCGGACUACGCCGCGGCGCGUUUGCGGCGGGCGCGCUGCCUCGCGCGCGGGGCCGCCGCCGACGGCGACCGCGGGGCGAACGCCAAGGCCUACCUCGAGGCGGCGCUGGACGAGUACGCGCGGUGCCCGGACGCGGCCGCGGAGCAGGCGGCGUGCCGGAAGCGCCUCGCCUUUUGCGACACCGCGGACCCCGAGGCCGACGCGGCCGCGGCGCGCGCCUACGCGGCCCGCGCCCGCGCGCAACAAGCGCCGCCGCCGCCUCCGAAGCCCAAGGUCGUGGGCCCGACGCUUUACGACGUCGUCGGCGCGCCGCGCGACGCGUCUCCAUCAAUGCUCAAGCGCGCGUACCGCGCGCGGGCGCUGCGCAUGCACCCGGACAAGAGCAAGGCGCCCGACGCCGAGGACCGCUUCCGCGAGCUGCAGGCGGCCUACGACGUGCUCUCGGACGCGCGGGAGCGGGCGGCGUACGACCGGGAGACGUUUGUGUAA